UCAGGGAGUUAUGAUCAAGUGAGAUAAAUUUUGAAGUUUAAGAGUUAUGCAAGGAGUUGAAGGUAUGCAAGGAGUUCAAGGAGUUAGAAAUUUGCAAAAUAACGUUAUGGAACAAGAUCCUCCAACAACAACACCAGCAGCAGCAACAACACCCAUUGAGGUCUGCACAAAUCCGCCUCCUAUUGGUCGGAAGCGAAGAAGAGCUAAUGCGAAUGCUAUUAGAAAGAGGUCAGAGGUAUGGGACCAUUUUAAUCUUAUUCCCGAUAGUGAUCCCGCUACUGCGGCAUGUAAAUACUGCCAUCAAAAAUAUAUGUGUGACUCUAAGAAACACGGAACGUCAAAUUUAAAGAGUCACAUGAAAACAUGUUCUAAGUAUCCGUUGAACCUUUCAACGGACCCUACCCAAACCAUAUUGACAUAUUCAACAAUUCCGGGAGUUGGGUUAGUUCCAACAUCUUCUAGGUUUGAUCCUGUAGGUUGUAGAAAAGGGUUGGCUUACUUUAUCAUCUUAGAUGAGAAGCCCUUUAGAACAGUUGAAGGAGAGGGAUUCAAGUACUUUUGUUACCAAAUGAAACCCCAAUUUACAAUACCAUCUAGAAGAACCAUAGCUAGGGACUGUUUUCAAAUAUAUCUUGAUGAGAAAGUGAGGAUAAUAAGCUUUGCGAGUAUCCCAAAUCACCGAGGUAAAACAGUUGGUAAGAAGGUUGAGGAUGUGCUGAAGGAGUGGGGGCUGAAAAACGUUUCAACUAUCACGAUAGAUAACGCGGCAUCAAAUGAUGUUGCUGUUAAGUAUUUAGAGCAGAAGAUAAGAAACAUGAAUGGACUUUUUUUGGAUGGAUUUGGAUUUCACAUGAGGUGUUAUGCACAUAUACUGAAUUUGGUCGUGAGAGAUGGAUUAAAAGUAGCCAGCACCUCAAUUACAAGUGUUAGAAAUGCGAUUAGGUACGUAAGAUCUUCACCCCAUAGAGCGUUAAAGUUCAAUGAAUGUGUGGGUUAUGCCAAUAUUACAUGCAAGAAGUCGGUAUGUCUUGAUGUUUCAACUCGUUGGAACUCGACGUAUUUGAUGUUAGAUGCAGCUGAGAAGUAUGAAUCAGCUUUUGAUAAGCUAGAAGAUGAGGUUGAGGAUUAUAGGGAUUUCUUUGAAGGUGAUUCCCCCCCUAGUAGUGAAGAUUGGGAGAAUGUUAGGUGUGGCUAA